AUGCUGACGUCACUGCUCAUUCACAAAAUCCCGGCUUCGUCACGGCUUCGUCACGGCUUCGUCCCCGCUUCGUCUCGGCUUCGUCUCGGCUUCGUCCCCGCUUCGUCCCGGCUUCGUCUCGGCUUCGUUCCCGCUUCGUCUCGGCUUCGUCCCGGCUUCGUCCCCGCUUCGUCUCGGCUUCGUCCCCGCUUCGUCACAGCUUCGUCCCGGCUUUGUCUCGGCUUCGUCCCCGCUUCGUCUCGGCUUCGGCCCCGCUUCGUCCCGGCUUCGUCCCGGCUUCGUCCCGGCUUCGUAUCGGCUUUGUCCCCGCUUCGUCUCGGCUUCGUCCCCGCUUUGUCUCGGCUUCGUCCCCGCUUCGUCUCAGCUUCGGCCCGGCUUCGUCCCGGCUUCGUCCCGGCUUCGUCCCGGCUUCGUCCCGGCUUCGUCUCGGCUUCGUCCCCGCUUCAUCUCGGCUUCGUCCCGGCUUCGUCACGGCUUCGUCUCGGCUUUGUCCCCGCUUCGUCCCGGCUUCGUCACGGCUUCGUCUCGGCUUUGUCCCCGCUUCGUCUCGGCUUUGUCCCGGCUUCGUCCUGGCUUCGUCACGGCUUCGUCCCGGCUUUGGCCCCGCUUCGUCCCGGCUUUGGCCCCGCUUCGUCCCCGCUUCGGCCCGGCUUCGUCCCGGCUUCGUCCCGGCUUCGUCCCGGCUUCGUCCCCUCUUUGUCCCGCGGAAUGCCUCUCCUGGACCGCCGCAAAUAUACAUCAGAGGAGACGAGCGGAGAGAACGAGGCGGUGCCCUAA